UCCCAGAUCAAUAUUCCUUUAUGUGCAAUAAAGCUAGCUUUAAAAUAAGGGUUCUCACACAAGCACAACUUGAGGAACAGCCAGUUCCUAAAUCUGUGAUACGAUCACAAUUCCGAUAGGAGCCAAUUAAAAGGAACCUCAGAUAAACUGGUUGGAACGUUCACUGGCACUCCCAAUUCAGUCUGCUGCAGAUCAAUCGAGAUGAAAUACUGAAAUGUACCAACACUUCAAUUGUUCAGAUACAUCACUAGUACAGCAAUGCCACAACAUGCCAUCCUCCGUAAAGAUCCUGCACAACCCCUUGUUACGGUGAUGAUAAACCCUAAAGUGUUACUGGCUUAAAACCAAAAGCCCUUUUUAAAGUGUUGUCAUCCCAGAGACGACUACGAAAACCUGCAGCACAGGAACAAGCCAAGCCAAGAAGGCUGGGAAAGUGAAGACCUCCAGGUGUCUCACACGACCGGUUCUUCAUCCUCUCUAUUCCGCAUUGCUAUCAGUUGUAUCUCCACCAGAGAUGAACCUUACAAAAGAACGCAAACCCAAAAAACCUCAUUACAUCCCGAGACCUCCCGGGAAACCAUUUAACUUCAAGUGCUUCCAGUGUCCAUUUACUUGCAAUGAGAAAUCCCACUUGUUUAACCACAUGAAGUAUGGUCUGUGCAAAAACUCUAUCAACCUGGUCAAUGACCAAGACCGCAAUGGGAAGUCAGCUAAGAUAAUUUCGACAGACUCCCCGCAAAAGGUUCAGACUGAGCCUGCUGGCAAAUCUAGUCCAUGCAGAGCCAGUACAAGCGCACCUGCAAAAAGCGAGAUCCCAACUGAACAAAGAAUCAAAAAAGAUGAAAGAGCAGAGGAUUUUAAGAAUCAAGAGCAGAGCAGAGCUCAAAGUCCAAAAACAGCCCCCCAGAAAGAACAGCAGCCCAAGCCAGCUGCAAAAGAAAGCGAAGCAAACAAACACUCAGAAAGCAUUGCAAGAGUAAGACCUUCAGCCUUUGUCCCGAUCGUGGGACAUAGGCCUAUGAAUACUGUGGAAAGCAGUAAUCCUGCUCCAUUAAGUUCCAAACCAGACAGUAAUUCUCCUCUGCCAGUCCGAUCUGCCUUUCAUAAUCCCAUUGGGCCCUGGAGAUCAGGUCCAGUUUUUAUCCCACCUGACUUUUCUCACAAAGUUCCGUCUGGCAAGAUAGCGGGCCCAAUUCCUAACUACAUACCUCCCAUGUUUCCAGAAUACCCUCCUUACUUCUUUGCAGAACACACACUGCCAGCUGUCUACCAGCCCUACUUCUCUCCUGGAAACCCCCAUGAGAGUGAAAGCCCACACUUUCCGACAUAUUUCUCCCCAGACCAGAGGCACUUGCUGCCCCAUGCUUUCCCAGCUCCAGGAAUCCCAUUUCCAGGACCUAUACCACCUUCAGCUAUAGAACAUCACUACAGAUACCAUCAGCAUGUCCAACAAAGUCCCCCUUACCAUUUUGGAAUCUACCGGCCUGCACUCACUGAACAUGCUUUUCAAGACUUUAACCCAAAACCAAUGCACCAAAUGGAAGGUUUCACUAGAGAUGCAGGUCCUCAUGUACAGGUAGCCAACCAGUCUCAAUACACACCCUUAAAGAGUCCAGGUGCUUCAGAUUCCCAGAAGAAAUUGAGGCCUGCUGUGAUCACAGAGGUGGGCAUCAUGGACCACGAAAAUGAAAGAGGGGUGAAAAUGAGCCCCAGGGCAGGGUGUGCUGCCACUGGAUCCCCAGACAGGCCGAGCCCAACUAACUUCACAACGAACAACCUGAAUCCAGAAAGCGGUCAGGAUCUCUCUGCAAAUACCAUUUUGAGCAAGAUGACCCACUCCAAACAACCAAAGAACAGUAGCAUUACGGGUUUCCAGCCAAUCAGAAUACUAGUGCAUCCUCCAAGUUUGCCUGACAACGACCGUCUUGCAGACAGAAGAGAUGGCAGCGUCUCUAACUCCGAGUCUUCUUCUGACCACGAGGAGGAAGACAUGGCACCUCUCAACCUUUCCACAAAAGCUCAAGCUGAAGAGGAGCCCUUAACCUACACCAGCGCAGCCCAUUGGGACACUCUAGCGACAGUGGACAGCCAGGACAUGCCCUUAAACCUAUCUGUUAAAGGCUCUUCCAACCCAGAGGCACCAACCGCCAAACUGCCUCAAGCCUCGCCACAAAGGGAAAGACGUUCCAGCAGAGACUUAAGGGGCAAAAGCCCGGAAUCGGGAGGAAUCGAUAACUACGACGAGCAGAAACAAACAGCAGCCUUUGCCCUUUGCCAGCUGGCCUCCUACAGCUCCCACAAACUCAGUGGAGAGCGUUCAGCCAUCCCUUCUAAAGAGGAGCGUCCCCUUCUUCACAGCAGCAACUCUGCCGUUUCCACGGUGACAGAAGAUAAACCCAAGGAGAGGGGACAAAAGAGGUCACACCAAUCUCAAAAGCUUCAAGUGCAGGCCAAGAAAGCAAAGCCAGACGAGCCUGGCAGAGUAUUUAGAAAGAGGCCACGAUGUUCAUAAAGCAUCUUACUCAAAAGUGACCGAAUGGACUAUAUUUUGCUACCAAUACAUCAGUGCAGUGGGAUGGACUCAUAUACUGUAUAUAUGGACUUUUAAAAAGCUGCAAAGGAUUGUUCCUUCAUCUUUUGGUAUUUGUUUUGCUUGUAUAUGAAUGUAUAUUUUCCAAUAAAAUAUGGUUUUAAAAUGACUUUUAGUUUUCAACAUUCCUUCACAAUAAAUAGGAGUCAUAUUACAUUAGAUAGCCAACAUAAAAUCCGUUGUAAUAUAUGACUAGAAAAAACACAGCUAAAACAGUGGAUGUUACACCCAGAAAACUUUUGUUGCUCAGUAUCUCAAGGCAAAUGACUGCUUUGUAAUAAGACAGGGUCCCAGUUUGACUAACGACAACAGAUUCAGCUCUCUUAGCCAAUAUGGCUGUUUUACAAUGGAACCCAACUUUGUAGAAUAAAGAUUUUCUAAUAGUCUAUAUUCAAAGAAUCAUGUAGAUUGUAUAAGCUAUUGAAGUCUGGGACAUUAAUAAGUGUAUGAGUUUUUUGUAAAAUCCUUUGUGCGCUGUACUGGGGAUAGGUCACAGGCCAGAAAGCUUAUUUAAAGUAAAGAAAAUUAAAACAUAUUUAUUGCUCCCAAGGG